GUGUGUCUAUAUAUUAUGACUAUCGUGGUGGUAGUGGAGGGCUUGUGGUGGAAGUUUGUUUCUAUUGUUCGCUUUAGGGUUUUCCUGUAAAAACUGUAAUAUUUACAAUUAAGCAUAUUACGUUUGCCAUGUGUGGAUACGUUUAAUAUUGUAAAUCAUGUUUUAUACAUAUACAUUGUACUACAAAUGAUAAUUUCCCUGUAAUUUCGAUACCAAAGGAACUCCUUUGUCAUGGAAAUGGCGACUCGGGAUGAUUUAGGAAUGAUUUGGAUGGGAGACAUGCUCCUGUCACAUGAAUCCAAUGAGAUGAUGCUCGAUUCUCAGUCUGGGAGCCCCCUCUUCAAUGACAGUCCACACCCACUGGAGGACAUGAGGGGUCGUGUGCCUCUUGAAAUGGAUGGGUUCGCAAUCUCAAUGCUGGAUGAAUAUGAGUCCUUGUGUGAGGAAGCACCGCGCUUCUUGACAAGUUCUUCUACCCAGACAGCUGGCCACCAACCUGCACGGAAAAUCAAGCCAAUCAGACAUCCAGCUCUGAAACUGAAGACCCCAAUAGCCUAUCAGAAAGACACAGACCUUAGUGUCAUACCAAUUCAAAGGGAUGGAAUGGCUGUCUGUCAAAAGUGCGGAGCAAUAGGCGUGAAACACGCCUUCUAUACAAAGGAGCGACGGUUCUGCAGCUUGGCUUGUGCUCGGGAAUAUUCUGAACUGGAGAGAACAGGGCUGACGGUUCCUGAACCAUUUCCGUUGCUCACUUUUCCUCCUAUGGAUGGGCCUCACAAAGAGGAAGUUAAAGGGUCUGAUGCACCGCACAGAUCCCCUCCACUUCCAAUACCGCUGGAUGAUCCACCGAGCCCCGUAAUGGUGAAGAGGAAUCGCUCAGAAUUGGCAAAUACGUACGAGUGGAAAUGUCAGUUUUCGGAACCAGGUUUUAUUGCGGCACCUGUCUCUUGUUUUGGUCAUGCUCCUCUGGCCGACUGUUGGGAGAACAUUACUGUAGGGAUGAAGGUUGAAGUGGAGAACAUGGACUGUGAUGAUUUUACAGAAUCAUUUCCCGAUUCAUUUUGGGUGGCGACAGUCCUGCGGAUAGCUGGGUACAAGGCGUUGCUUCGUUACGAAGGCUUUGGUCAGAACUGCAGCAAAGACUUCUGGGUUAGUCUUUGUUUGAACUCUGUGCACCCGGUGGGAUGGUGUGCUACUCGUGGAAAACCGCUUAUCCCGCCCAAGACAAUUGAAGACAAGUACAAAGACUGGAAAGAGUUCCUCGUGAAGCGUUUGACAGGAGCACGCACUCUCCCCUCAAACUUCUACAAUAAAGUUACUGACAGCCUUGUGUCCAGAUUCAGGUGUGGAUUGAACCUAGAGGUUGUGGACAAAAAUCGCAUUUCUCAGGUGAAGGUGGCAACGAUUCAGAAGAUUGUUGGCAAGAGACUACACGUGUGCUAUUACAAUGCAGAUCCAGAUGACAAUGGCUUUUGGUGCCAUGAGGAUUCACCCCUUAUACACCCGGUAGGAUGGGCCCGACGUGUGGGUCAAAGCAUAGAUGCUCCAGAGGAGUACCUCGAGCGUUGCGAAGAAGGAUCAUGGGGUGAAAAUGAUGCCACAGAAGAAUACUUCAGCACGCCUCCCUCUUUUUCAUCUUCUGCGGACGUUUCAUUUCAGGAGGGUAUGAAAUUGGAGGCCAUUGAUCCGCUGAACCUGUCUGCAAUCUGCGUGGCUACUGUGAUGAAAGUUCUGCGAGAGGACUACAUAAUGAUCCGCAUCGACAGUUACGACGAGGAUGCUUCAGGUUCAGACUGGUUUUGCUACCAUGCCAGCUCUCCGUGCGUCUUUCCCGCAGGAUUCUGCGAUGUAAAUUCCAUCCCUUUGACUCCACCUAAAGGUUAUGAAGCGGGAAAAUUUGAUUGGUCUACGUAUCUGGAGGAGUCAAAUCUCACAACAGCGCCUCUGGUUCUCUUUAACAGGGAGAUCCCAGCACAUGGAUUUCUGGUGGGCAUGAGAUUGGAGGCAGCUGAUCUCAUGGAUCCGCGACUGGUCUGCGUUGGAACGGUGUCUCGUGUCGUGGGCCGUCUCCUCAAGGUACACUUUGAUGGCUGGGAAGAGGAGUACGACCAGUGGCUGGACUGUGAGAGUCCGGACAUGUAUCCUGUUGGCUGGUGCCAGUUCGUUGGGCACAAACUGGAGGGGCCCAGAGCUCCAUCGACCAAGGCUUCGGCAGCUGCUGGAAAAACUCCAAAGGGUGUGAAGAAAAAGCCUCGAAGAAGGCACAAGAAAGGGAAAGGUUCUCCAGGUGGUUUGGGCCCAAACAAGAAAAGCUCUAGCAACGGUUCUGUGGCAGCUACGAGGACUGAAAUUACACAGAGUAUGCGCGUUUCGGAUUCUGUAUCUAUUUUCACAUUUUUAUUCUAUUUUUAAAUUUUAUUUAUUUUUUACCUCUUAAUGAUUGGGUAGCUCAGUGAGUAUAGUGACUGGCUAUGGACUGGACAACUGGGGUUUGAUCCCCGUUAGAGAGGAUUUUUCCUCUGGCCUCUGGGGUUUGCCCAGUUUCGUAUACAGUGGGUAUCGGGGUCCUUUCCCGGGAGUAAAGGGCUGCCAGGGCAUGACGCUGACCACUCCCCCCCAUGGCAUGUAAUAGGACAGCUUUACUUGUAGUGAUCCAGAUUUAAGCAAAAGGAGCAUUGCUUACUUAUUUUUUUUAAAUAAAGAAAAAAGGCUCACUAGCUCUGUCAUGCCCUACCUGGCUUUAAAUCAUAAAGCAAGGUCUGUAUUUGGAAUUAUCAUGUAUUAUUUUAGUUUCUGCCAGCAUCUAAGAGGAACAUAUCUACUUAUUAAGGGUACUUUUUUAGGUGGUUCCAAUAUUUUGGAGGAAUGGAUCAUCUUAAUUGCAGAAAAGUACCCAAAAAAACCGCAGUCAAAAUCCUCGUGCUGUGGAAAAUCAGCUCUGAGAAGCAAAGGGAUGUAAUGGU